UCGCCGAAUCUGCGAGGCGAGUGCGCAGAAUGCUCGCAGAUCUGCGGGGCCUUCUCCGCAUGCUUCGUCGCUCCGGCCAGCACAUCAUGCCUGGGGUAGAUCAGUGCUGCAGUCGACCCCCUUCUCGAAGGAUGGCCGGCGGCACGCCGCCCGUCAGCGAGGCUCGCGGCAGGGACGCUGCGCGCCCAGACGGCGGCGAGGGGCGGUGCGCGGCGGCCAGCUGCGUCGCGGCACGGCUGGGCCUCGCGUGCGUGCCGCCGAGGUACCACGACGAUUUCCCACAGGAGCUGGAGAGGGCGUACCCGCUGCCCGCCGACAUCAUCUGGGAGGGCGUGCAGCCGGGCAACGUCUCCAGGAUGGGCGCCUUCCUGGACAAGCUGGCGCGGGGGGCGGCCGCCCGGGUGCUUGUCAUAGGGGGCUCCUUCACCAUGGGCUCGGGUUGCCAGGACGACCUGGGUCGCGAGAAGCAGGACUGCUCGUGGGUGGCGCGGCUGAGACGGUGGCUGCAGGCCGCCUUUCCGCGCUCCAGCGUCGUCUUCUACGACGAGUCUCGGGCCGGGCAGCCGAUUGGCAUGUUCCUCAGCGGCCUGGGCGCUCUCUUUCGGUCACGCUUUCUGCCAGAGGAGCCGCCCGACAUAGUCUUCAUCGACACGAUGGCGAACGACGGCGCGUGGGCUCAAGUCGGCCUAGCAAGUAUAACCAGGAACGUUUCCGAGUAUGGUAGUGUCGCCUUCGAGCAAGCGGUGAUCGCCCUGCGAACAUUGGCCCCCCACGCCCAGAUCAUUCUGUUGCAGGAUGGCUGCAGGCCUUGCCUAGCGGCCGGCGACAUGCAGAUGAAGGAGGCCAGGCACUACAACAUCCCUACUGCGAACUAUGGGCUCCUGGUGAGUCGGUACAACAGGGACGAGGCUGGGGCGGACCGGCUCUGGCCAAACAGUGACUGGGACGAGGACGCGUGGGUCACCGAGGAAGACCGCCUGCACCCUGUUUGGUUGAACUUCUACCCACGGGUGACCGUGAAGAAGAGGAACUUCGGCUACCCGUUCCAGCACCCGCCCUGGCCCGUGCACCAGUACCUAGCGGACCUCGUGGCGCUCGUGGUCCUGGACGGCCUGGAGAGGGCCUGCGCGCAGGGCAGGCACGGUGCGAGCAUCGUCGAGAGCUUCCCGGAACCGGGCCCCGGAGCCACCUUCUGGCCGCAGGGGGCCCUGGGCGCGAUCGCGAACUGCAUCCACCCCCUGACGCACUACUCCGCCGAGGAUGCGCGUGCGGAGGGGGCGCCGACGGUCCAGAGCGGGAACUGGCGAUUAUUCGAGGACGUGCCUGGCAAGCCCGGGUGGAUCGCCUCCGAGGAGGACUCGGUCAUUUUGUUUCCGAUCUUGCUGGGGGGUGGGGGCUCAGCCGCUCUGACCAUCUCUUGGCUCGCCAGCUACGAGGGCGUUGGGGACGCAGAAGCCCGUAUCUACAGCGCCAGCAACUGGUCGGACACAUCGAAGGUUGCACUUCUCAACGGCUUCACGCCCAAUUUCUCCCAGGCGCAGACUGGCUUCUGGGGCAUAGAUGAUAGGGAAGCGCUGAUCAAGAACACAUGGGUACAGUCCAAUGUCCGGAACCAGGAGUUCGUGCUCGAAGUGCGAACGUCCAGGAGAAGGCGUCUCUGGAAUGCCACGAAAGUGAAGAUCCUCGAAGUGACGUCCUGCUAAACGAGCAUGUCCGCGUGAGCGUUGCGAGCGCCAGUUCCGCUCGCAGUGUAUCGAAGACGCCUACGGCGAAUCACCGCCGCCCCCUGCCUUUAGCCGGGCCAGAGCUUGGCCAAGCUAUCGGACCAUGUGUUCCC